AUGGUAGUCGAUAAUAAGAUUUGUCAUUUGAAUAUAAUGUCAACAUGCAAUGAUUCGUUUCCUGCUUCAAUCUACAAUUGCAAAGGAUUACGGACUCUGAUAAUUUCUACUAAGAAACUUCCUCCAUUACCCUCAGACUCAUUUUCACUAUUGAAAAGCCUUGGAAUGUUAAAGUUAAAUGAAAACUCAAUCAAAGAAGUUCCCGAAAGCAUUGGUGGACUAGUACAUUUGCGGUAUCUCGAUUUAAGUCAGAAUGAAGAAUUUGAAGAAUUACCCGAUUCUGUAGGUGAUUUAUUCAAUCUGGAAACAUUGCGUCUCAAUUGGUGCAGGGGACUUAGAAAACUACCGGUGAGCUUAAGAAAGUUGGUUAACUUAAAGCAUCUUUAUGUUAGGGGGUGCCCUGAUCUAAAAGUACCAAAAGAGAUUAGAAGAUUAAGAAAUCUGCAAAUCUUAGAUGACUUGUGUCUUCAAGACGACUGCUGCGACGAUGGAGGAAGUUUCAAGUUAGGGGAUUUGGGAAACUUGGAGAAGCUUCAAGGGAGCCUUUGGAUACAAAACUUGAAGUCAGCGAAAGAUGGGAGUGAGGCUAAAAAUGCAGAAUUGGGGAACAAGAAGAACCUCCUUCAUUUGAGACUACAUUUUGGGCACGACUAUGUUAGAGAUCCGGAGAGAGCUGAGGAUGAAGAAAUACUGAAUGAAAGGUAUGCUUUCAUUCCUUCCCCCAGCGUUUGUUUUGGUUCUAUUGGUAAGGUAAUUAUGCGUCGUGACAUCGCUAUGAGAAUAAAGGAAAUAAAUGAAAAGUUAUCUGAGAUAGACAUUUUAAGAAAAAAUUAUAACUUUCAGAACACAAUUAGAGCCACUGAGAAACUUGAACGGGUUGAAACUUCUUCUUUUGUCCAAGUGUCUAGUAUAAUUGGUCGUGAAGAGGAGAAAAAUAGAUUAAUGAGCAUGUUGUUAAGUGAGAGUAGUCAACAAGGGGGGAGUCCAUUUGUUGUGAUCCCCAUUGUGGGGAUGGGAGGAUUAGGAAAUACUGCCUUUGCCCAAUUAGUCUAUAAUGAUGAAAAUAUAAAAACUCAUUUUGACACUAGAAUAUGGGUUUGUGUGUCAGACCCUUUUGAAGAGAUCAAGAUUGCCAGAGCCAUUGUUGAAGUGCUAAAUAAAGGUGAUGAUCGAAUUAAUUCAACUAGUCUGCAACCUUUGUUGGAAUGUAUAAAUGAAUAUAUUAGUGGUAAAAAGUUUUUCCUUGUUCUAGAUGAUGUGUGGACUCCAACCAUUGAUAAUUGGGAACCAUUAAUGGGAGCUUUACAAAAUAGUGCUAUAGGCAGUAGAAUAUUGGUGACCACGAGAAAAGACACGGUUGCUACUGUGACUGGAGCAGCCGCUGAUCACGUAAUCCAUUUGAACAUCUUGAGUGAUCAAGAUUGUGUGUCAGUUCAUGCACGACCCUCGUUCUUUAAUAGAGAAAGAGAUAAUCAGCUUGAAGAGAUUGGGAGAAAAAUUGUUAAAAAGUGCAAUGGUUUGCCUCUUGCUGCAAAGACCUUAGGUAGUCUCAUGCGAUAUAAGAAAACCAGAAAAGAAUGGGUAGAUGUUUUGGAUAAUAAGAUAUGGGAGUUAGAAGAAGUUGAACAACAGGUUUUUCGAUCACUAUUCCUAAGUUAUUAUGAGUUGAGUCCGGCAGUCAGACAAUGUCUUUUAUUUUGUGCUGUUUUCCCAAAAGAUUAUGAGUUUGAUAGAAAUGAGUUGAUUGAGUGUUGGAUGUCACAAGAAUAUCUUAGUAUGAAAGGAGAUAAAGAAAAAGAAAGAAUGAUAGGCCAACAGUACUUUGAUAACUUAGUGAUACGUUCUUUUUUCCAAGAUUUUUUUAAAAAUGAGAACGAUGGUGAUAUUGAAGAGUGCAAAAUGCAUGAUAUUGUGCAUGACUUUGUACAGUUUCUCACCAAAAAUGAAUGUUUUAUUAUGGAGGUGGUGGAAAGUGGUAAAGAGAAAAACAUGGUAGUCGAUAAUAAGGUUCGUCAUUUGAACCUAAUGUCAACAUACAAUGAUUCGUUUCCUGUUUCAAUCUACAAUUGCAAAGGAUUACGGACUCUGGUAAUUUCUACUGAGAAACUUCCUCCGUUACCCUCGGACUCAUUUUCAAAAUUGAAAAGCAUUAGAACAUUAAAGUUGAAAAGAAACUCAAUCGAAGAAGUUCCCGAAAAUAUUGGCGGACUAGUACAUUUGCGGUAUCUCGAUUUAAGUGGGAAUCAUAAAUUGAAAGAAUUACCCGAUUCUGUGGACGGUAUCGAGGAUGAUGAAGGAAUUUUCAAGUUAGGGGAUUUGGGAAACUUGGAGCAGCUUUCAGGGAGCCUUCGUAUAGAAAACUUUAAUUCAGCCAAAGACGGGAGUGAGGCUAAAAAUGCAGAAUUGGUGAACAAGAAGAACCUCCUUCAUUUGACUCUAUAUUUUGGGUACGGGAGACACGGGCCGGAUUUAAAGGAUGAAGAAAUACUGAAUGGCUUUCAAGUGCAUACAAAUCUGGAGUCGUUGACUAUCAUUGCGUACCACAGUACCACCCUGUGUCCCAGUUGGAUGAUGAGCUGUCAUAAUCUGAGAAGGCUUGAAUUCUAUGUUGUUCCAUUUUGUGGGGUUUUGGCUCCUCUGGGGAAACUCCCGUCCCUUGAAUAUUUGACUAUACAUUGGAUGAAGAGUGUGAAAAAGGUGGGAGUUGAAUUUUUGGGAAUAACAGGCGAAACACCGCAAACAUUAAUAAACUCGUUUCCGAAAUUGAACCACCUCAGACUUCAUUUCAUGGAACAGUGGGAAGAAUUGGAAGGAGUAGAAGAAGAGGAUUCUAAAAUUACAAUAAUGCCAUCUCUUUUGAAGUUAGAAAUCGGAGACUGCGAGAGGCUGAAAGCACUGCCAAACUUCCUUUGGAAGACCCCGCUGCGAGAAUUACGCAUCGACGGAGAGGAUUGUCCGAUUCUUGCACAAUGGUUCGAGACGAGAUGUGGAAUGGAGUGGUUGAAAAAUGCGUCUCAAGUCCAAAACAUCGAAAUUCAGGGCGAGUUUGUGAAAAUAUGUGGAAUGGAGUGGUUGAAAAAUGCGUCUCAAGUCCAAAACAUCGAAAUUCAGGGCGAGUUUGUGAAAAUAGACGGAGUUGGAAUGUUGGAGGAGGAUUGA